UGGGAUGGCUGCACAUCAUCCAAGCCUUCCAUCAGUUGAAUAUCGAAAUUCCCGUCAAUUUUAAGUUUGUUUUCGAGGGAAUGGAAGAAUCGGGUUCUGAAGGACUCGACGAUGUGAUCAUAGCUGAAGCCAAUGGUUUCCUUAAGAAUGUUGACUUUGUAUGCAUUAGUGAUAACUAUUGGUUGGGAACUGAGAAGCCGUGUCUCACAUACGGCUUGAGAGGUCUCUCCUAUUUCUAUGCGGAGAUUGAGUGCGCGGCCAAAGACCUGCAUUCAGGGGUUUACGGCGGAUCCGUUCACGAGGCGAUGACUGAUUUGGUGCUUCUUAUGUCCAAAUUAGUCGAUAAUAAGGGAAAGAUUUUAGUACCCGGAGUCAUGGACGACGUGGCGCCCCUCACCACUCAUGAGGAGGGCCUCUACCAUAAGAUUGAGUUCGAUUGCAAUGAGUUCCGCGACGAAGUGGGCACUCAAAGACUCAUCCAUUGCGAUAAAGUCAAAACUCUGACCCAUCGCUGGAGAUAUCCAUCCCUU